UAAUUGCUGCAUCGAAGACGAUGAUGACAGAAAAAGACAAAGCUUUGAAAUCUGUGCCAACUCCCUCUCUUUCUCUCUCUCACGCACUUCUUUCUUUUUCACCUUCUUCUUCUUCUUCGUCAACGAAUCCAAUGAACUCUCAAUUUCUCUGUGAAUCAUUCAUACCCCAUCACCAGAUUUCAUCUUCUUCCUUCCUUCUUCUCUAAUCAACUCCCACACCAACACAAAAAUCCAUUCUCUCUUCUGUUCUUGCAGCUCCACUUUCUCCAUUUCUUUCUGCCCAUUUCACAACAAGGGUUAUGUUUCCCAGACUUGUUAAUCCCGACGGAGAUAUUCAGAUCCAUGGCCAUCGUGGUUCUGUUGCUUCCGACCUCACCCACACUCACCGAGGAGACCCUUGUCUUGUUUUGACUUCAGAUCCCAAACCUCGCCUCCGCUGGACUGCCGAUCUUCAUGAGCGAUUCGUCGAUGCCGUCACUCAACUCGGCGGUGCUGGCAAAGCUACUCCAAAAGCAAUAAUGCGAACAAUGAAUGUGAAAGGACUGACUCUCUUCCAUCUGAAGAGCCACCUUCAGAAAUACAGAUUAGGUAAGCAAUCAGGGAAGGAUAUGGGUGAGGCAUCUAAAGAUGGUGCAUAUCUUUUAGAAAGUCCAAGUACCAAUAAUUUCUCUCCUGACUUGCCAAUUUCUGAAAUGGCCGAUGGUUAUGAAGUCAAGGAGGCACUAAGAGCGCAAAUGGAAGUACAAAGUAAAUUACAUCUGCAAGUUGAGGCAGAGAAGCACCUACGAAUUCGUCAGGAUGCCGAGCGAAGAUAUUUGGCCAUGCUUGAGAGAGCUUGUAAAAUGCUUGCAGAUCAAUUCAUUGGAGGUGCAGUUUCGGACUCAGACAGCAAGAAGUCCCAAGGACAGGAUCGUAAGAGCCCAAGAAGUUCCUCCAUCGACGCACUUGGUUUCUAUCCUUCACAAUCGCAAGAGAUGGAAAGAGUGAAUGGCACGGAAGAAGUGCAGGCUAAUCUUCCUUGCCAAAGGGCCGAUUGUUCAACUGAAAGCUGCCUAACCUCUAACGAGAGUCCUGGGGGACUGGCGAUGGAAAAAUCUCCUGUUGCAAGCAAGAAAAACAUGGUUAACUUGGAUUCAGCAACUGCAUCUUUGAUUUGGGGUGAAGCUAAGGAAAGAAUACAGGAUGCUAACAUCAUCCAAGUCAACCAUCAUGGCGUAUCCGGAUGCGACAUGUGGGGAUGAAGUUCUGCAGACAAAAACUCAUCAUGAUUGAUGAAAAGUAUGUCUAUUUCCAACUUUGUAAAAAGCUCAUCAUUUUCCAUUCACAGAAUCUGGUAUGAUCUGCAGCGCAAGAACAUUCCCCCUAGCUUGUAAACUCGAGCAGUUUAGUUUGUUGACAACUCGUCGAAAUGCAAGUAGUUAGGCAUUCUUUUUGCUGUUCUGGACAAUUAUAGUUGAUUUCUGUCUGACCUUUGGGUGAUUUGAGUCUAUUAGUAGGGUGCAAUCAGUAAUGUCAUGUUGGAAACACAUCCUCUUUCACUUGUUAGUAGUGAAAUGGGCCUUGUCUUCCAAUGAUGAUGGCAAAAUGAAUGAAUAUUGUGUCAUUUUCUCUUA